AUGAAAGUGUUUUGGUACACGUUGAUAGAUCUUGCCUUGCAAGACGUUCAUUCAGAGUUGGGACUUACAUGGAGUGUGUUCACCUCGACAUGUCGAAAUCCAACCAUGCAACAUCCAGAAAGAACCUCUUCUGCUUGUGCAGACGAGACAGAUCAAACCAUGUACUCAAAGUCAACGUCUUCACUCAACGAUGGACACAAACUACAACGAUACGUUUCAUCAAUGAGUAUGAAAAACUCGCAGACAUGCAACAUUCGAUCGCAUGAUUAUUAUGCCCGCAACCCAACCAUCUUUUUAGAGCCAGUAUCCCCCUCAUCGUCGUCACCAAUGAGUGAACCAUCUCUUCCUUCCAUAUACAGCUCUAGCAAGGAGUGUUCGCCAGAUUCCAAUUCUUCGUCUUCUAUAAAUUCAGCAAGUCUUGAGGCAGGUUCUUCAUCAUCAUCCUUCCAAGAAAUGAAAUCAGAGAAACUGAGAUAUUCAGCGAGAAAGAAAUCAUGUAAAUUUACGUACUACUUUGAUGACCAUCACUCGUUUCUUCCCAACACACAAAAACCAAUCAUGGAAACUUCCACGAAAAGAAAGAACCCUUCCUGCAGUAAAAUAACCAAGACCAACAAGACAUGCCUUAGAAUACAACAGUUUAAGGGCCAUCCACCUCAAGCUAUACAAAAUAAGCAUGAUUCCAUCUCCCGAAAUGUAAAUAAGGGCAACCACACCUCUUCACCACUUUCUCAUUCAUCACUCCCAACUCUCCGAUUUUCCCACAAUAUUUUCGAAGAAAUUCAAAUCGAGAAUGCCGUCUUUAGUGGUGAUCAUUUACAUUUUGUUCAAUCCCAAGGUUUUGAUUAUCCUUAA